CUUGUCUUUGAGUUUUUCGUAGAAGGGUAGGCGCUUAACGUCUUGAGUGAAAAUGCUCAAGCGAACUUUUCAUGAUUUAAUUGAAAUUAAAAAGAAAGUCGCAAAACUGGAGAAGUCCAAAGCAGGUAAAGGUGCUAAAAAGCGCCGCCGCAUUAUCGUGAAUUCGUCUUCUUCUGAAGAAGAACCUUCGGAUACCCAAUCCAAAUCUUUGGAGCGCAAAGAUGCGCCAAUGCCGGUGGUUUCUUCGGUUGAAAAGCCGGCCGCAAAAGGCCAAUCACCAGCCACAAAAGGCCAGUCGCCGGCCGCAAAGGGCCACUCGUCGUCGCGGCUGAAAUCGCGCCGCAAGCGGUCAAGCGCGAAAGCAUCACGGGGUGGACAUAAGGAUGCGAAGGCUCUAACCGGUAUACAGAUACAAGAUAAAUUUUGGCGAACUAUUACCAGGAACAUAACUAUUGCAACGGCGGAUCUUCUAAUGUAUUUUAAUUGCCUUUUCAUAUUUUACCGAAGCCAUUCACAACAGGAUAGACACUUAGACAUUACGCGAAACACACUGGAAUGAAAGCUUAAAUGUCUGUUAUCAACUGGUUACAAUUGCAGGAGUCAUUUGACUUGCCUCAGUUGGUCACAUUGGAAGAGUAAACCAAGUCCUCUCCCUUCAAGGCUGGAUCCGCCCUUGCCCGGCGGGCGAACGACUGAGCCUGCGUCUCGAUCAUUCGCCCUUUUUUCCAAACGAUAAAGCGCGAUUCUAAGCCAUGGUACUGCACCUUUGUAUUUGACUCACAAUUUUAUAUUGAGUAACCAAUAACACUAAUGUUAGGUGAAAACUAUUUUGCAGAACUAUUUAGACUAACAAACUAUGUUUUUAACAGUUAAGUAAUAUGAAGAAAUUUGUUACAUUUAUAACAAUGUCUGCAAAAUACAUCGCCACUUCUUAAAUCGGACAAGAUUUAAAGGUGCUGUGCGUGGUCUCAAAUAUUGUGUGUCUGGUUCUAUCUUUCUAUGUACAUGGUUGAUCUGUCUUUUGGACAUCAUUUUAAAAUCAUAAUACACUGAUGAAUAUGUCGAGAGUUGAGUUGUAAUCAAAAUCACAUACAAUUCAUAAUCAUUUUCACAAAUCAUCAAUCUCUGUAUGAAAAUGUAAAUAUUAAAUUUAUAAAUUAUUAAGGCCAGCCUUAUAAAAAUGAUAAUUUAUAGUCUAAUAAGAUAAAUCUGUACCGUAAAUAAUAUUAUGCAGUUUGAAGAUAACCAAAUAAAAACAACAUCUUUGCAAAUAGUAAAUGUAGUAGUUAUUGCCAAAGAUGGUUGUUGAUAACAAUUUAUUGCUGUGAAGUGUCAACCGUGCUGAUAUAUCGAAAUUAGUAGAAUAUCAAUAUGUUAGUAAACUAAUUUUGUUUGUAAUUAAUUAAAUGAUUUUUUUAUGUUUGUUUCCAAAAGUCAGUCCGAUCAGUAAUAUAAAAGGAUAGAAAAGAUAAAAUUGCAUGCAAAAGUACAGCUGUGACUUGAUGGAAUAUUGCUCGUAUUUAGCGUGCAGCACGUUUCUUUGUAUAAUUGUUUUCUUAAUGUUGUAUGAAAAUGUAAGUGUUGUAGUAUUUUGUUUAUGUGUGAAUGUAAUAUUUAUAUUAAAUAUCAAUAGACAUGUGUAUUUCCAAAAUCUUUCCAUUUUACUUUAUUUGCCAAAUAGUCUUAGUUUUAUACAUAAUUUACACUUUGUAAUAGAAAAUAAUAGUUUA